AUGAUUGCGACAGCUCUUGCGGAGGAGGGUCCCUAUGCAUAUGUGACUUUUGAAGUAGCAAUCUCUGCUACGUGUUUUCUCAUAUGGGACACGAUCAUCCAUUUUUCGGAUGAGGUAGAAUACAUUUGGCAGCGGCCAAAUUCAUACGUGAAGUGGAUGUAUGUCUUCGUCAGACAUGUUCCAUACCUUGUACAGGGAUCUAUUCUUACCCUUAUUGCAUCCUCAUACACCGGGCGUGUGUGGUCACCCAAACAAUGCAGCGACUGGAUCAUUUACCAGGUAUCAACCAUGCAGGCCAUCACCAUGGCCGUCGACACGAUCCUCAUCAUCCGCAUACAUGCAAUGUAUAAUCGCAACAAAAUGAUCCUUUCCACUGUUUUGUUUCUUUUCUUAUUAGAGUGUGCGGGCAUGGUUACUGUACUAGCUCUCACCAUCCCAAAGAUGACGUUCACCACGGGGUGUAUCAUCACAUCUACGCCUUCACACUUUGUCGUCUUUUGGAUCCUGUCCUUGGUUUUUGAAACUGUUCUUUUUGCGCUGACACUCUUCAAAUUCUGGGGAAGUGUAACUUGCACUUUGGGGAAGCAUUCCGUUGUCUACGUGCUAUUCCGAGACGGAAUAUGGGCGUAUGCGAUCAUCUUCGUGGUCAUGUUGCUGAAUACUUUGAUGUAUGAUCUCGUCAAAAAUGCCCUCGCUGGCGUCUGUUUCUUUUGGGAGCUGGCUGUCAUGUCGUUCGCAGGUUCUCAUGUGUUGCUCAAUCUCCGGCGUCUUGCCACUCAAGUCCACACGAGCGAUCCCCUCACGACGUACUGGAACAGUCCAUCCGAAGGCGAGCUCACGCGGAUGGAAUUUCCACUUCGCACUGCUGGUCCCGGGCGAAACAUCGCCGCACACGGCGUCUGCUUCGAGCUUCAGCAUCUCGAGCGCCGAGAUACCGUCCCAUCCAACGAAGUACACGCAGACAGUAGAGGGAAGACAUGA